UACACUUCACGCGGAACUAUUUAAACGAACGAGUUCAAAGAAUGACUGACAAGGACUAAGUUUGGAUUGUUCCUGCGCAGUGGUUUUGCGUUCGGUUUUGAAAGAUAAACCUCUGUCUCUUGUUUUGGAUAUAGUCUUAAUUUAAAGGGAAUAAUCAUGCCUGAUCAAUUGACAGUAUCGGAGUUUAUGGACAUUACCAAUGAGGACUAUAAAGCACCAACCACCUCAGUGUUCUGCACGCGCAUGGCUCACUGUCGGAACACAGUGACCGCUUUGGAAGAGGCGUUGGAUUUGGACCACAGUGUACUGCAUAAAAUGAAGAAGUCUGUCAAGGCAAUAAACAGCUCUGGUCUGUCUCAUGUAGACAAUGAGGAGCAGUACAUCCAGGCACUGGAGAGGUUUACGGAUAAUACUGUGUACAAAGACGACCCUGAGAUGCCCAUUUACUUUCUCACGUUUGCUGAUUUCACCAAGGAGCUCACUGGUCUCUUUAAGAACCUGCUGCAGAACAUGAAUAACAUCAUCACUUUCCCACUAGAAAGUCUGAUGAAAGGAGACCUUAAAGGAGUGAAAGGGGAUUUGAGAAAGCCUUUUGACAAAGCAUGGAAGGAUUACGAAACCAAAUUAAGCAAGAUUGAGAAAGAAAAGCGGGAGCAUGCCAAACAGCACGGGCUGAUUAGGACAGAGUUCAGUGGAGGAGAGAUUGCGGAAGAGAUGGAGAAAGAAAGACGCCUCUUUCAGCUCCAGAUGUGUGAGUAUCUGAUUAAAGUGAAUGAAAUAAAAGUCAAGAAGGGGGUUGACCUGCUCCACAACCUGAUCAAAUACUUUCAUGCCCAGUGCAAUUUCUUUCAGGAUGGAUUAAAAAUUGUGGAUAAUCUUAAACCUUUCAUGGAAAAACUUGCUACGGACUUGACAGCAAGCAAGCAAACACAGGAUGCAGAGAGGAAACAGCUGAUGCAGCUCAGAGAGAUUCUGAAAUCUUCCUUACAGUCAGAAUCUAAGGAGGAAUGUCAGUCAAAGCAGAAUUCAGGCUACAGUCUCCACCAGCUCCAGGGCAAUAAAGCUCAUGGGACUGAGCGCUCUGGAAUGCUCCUCAAACGCAGCGAGGGGCUGAGGAAGGUUUGGCAGAAAAGGAAGUGCUCUGUGAAAAAUGGAUUGUUGACUAUUUCUCAUGGAACGGCCAAUGCACCUCCAGCAAACCUCAACCUCUUAACCUGCCAAGUGAAGUGCAACCCUGAUGAGAAAAAAUGCUUUGAUCUCAUAUCGCAUGACAGAACAUAUCACUUCCAGUCAGAGGAUGAGGCAGAGUGUCAAAUCUGGGUGUCUGUGCUCCAGAACUGUAAAGAAGAGGCAUUGAACAACGCCUUUAAGGAUGAUCAGAAUGAGGGUGAGAACAACAUCGUACGGGAGUUGACCAAGGCCAUUGUGGGAGAAGUGAAGAAGAUGAGCGGCAAUGAUGUGUGCUGUGACUGCGGAGCUUCCCGCCCAACAUGGCUCUCCACGAACCUGGGUGUGUUAAUUUGCAUUGAAUGUUCUGGAAUCCAUCGGGAAAUGGGUGUACACUACUCCAGAAUACAGUCUCUAACGCUGGAUGUCUUGGGCACAUCAGAACUCCUGCUUGCCAACAGUGUGGGCAAUGUGGGUUUCAAUGAAAUCAUGGAGGCAAACCUGUCAGCAGAGAUCCCAAAACCCAACCCUUCUAGUGACAUGCAGGUACGAAAAGAUUUCAUCACAGCCAAAUACACAGAGAAACGCUUUGCACAGCGGAAGUAUGCAGACAAUGCAGCCCGGCUACACAAAUUGUGUGAUGCGGUGAAAACCCGGGAUAUUUUCACCUUAAUCCAGGUGUACACUGAAGGUCUGGACCUGAUGGAAACCAUUAAUCAGAGUAAUGAACAUGAACCAGGUGAGACAGCGCUACAUCUUGCAGUACGAAUGGUGGAACGGAACUCUCUUCAUAUUGUGGAUUUCCUCGUACAAAACAGUGGGAAUUUAGACAAACAGACAGCCAAAGGAAGCACAGCUCUGCACUACUGUUGCUUGAAUGACAAUAGUGAAUGCAUGAAGUUGCUACUGCGGGGAAAGGCGUCAGUCACCAUAACAAAUGAUGCAGGAGAGACUCCUCUGGAUCUGGCCCAGCGUCUCAGACACUCAAAAUGUGAACAGCUGCUGACCCAGGCACAGACAGGGAAGUUUAAUGCCCAUGUGCAUGUGGAGUAUGACUGGCGUCUGCAUAACAAUGACCUGGACGAGAGUGAGGAUGAGAUGGAGGACAAGCCCAUCCCCAACAGGCGAGAGGAGCGUCCACUUAGCUGUAUUGUUCCAGGCAGUGGUCCUAUGAUGCCCAACAUGAGUGCACUGGCACGGGAUGUGGUUAACACUGUGAAAGACAAGCAGAGGCCGUUCAUUCCUAGCAUGAUUUGCAAUGAGACUUACGGCACUAUGCUUGACAUUAGUCCUCCAUCGCUAGGUUUACGUGGGGUACCUAGUAUCCCCCCACUGCCCACUCGUACCUUAGGAAGAGGGUGGAGUACUCCUAUGGAAGUGGUCGGGAGGCAGAGGUCCUCUUCAGACCCUCAGACUCCAGAGAUGAACAACUCAGUAUAUGUGCUCCCCCCUGCUCCCCCACCUCCUCUGCCUCCUCCUCCGGUCAAGAGGCCACUGCCUCCAGAUCCUAAGGCGACUCGACCCCAAGUGCAUCUAGUCCCACCUGCACCAUCUGCACCCCCAAUUAUACCACCUGCCCCAGCUAGACCACCGCCUGUAGUGCCACCUGCUCCCGUAUUGCCCCCUUCAUUUUCAUAUAAACCCACACCUCUACCUCUUAUACCACAGCCAAAAGCCCCUGCACCCGAACCAACUAAAUCCCCCUCUAGGGAUCCUGUUGGUCCUUUUUGUAAAGACAUAAAUGUAAAUAAAGCACCACCCAGCAUGCCUCAACCAAGUGACAAAACAGACUCUGGGCCAUCGGUCGCCUCCACCCCGGCCUCGGCUCCUGCUCCCAAACCCAGAAUGGCCCCUACUAAACAGAAACUUAAGAGGGUAAAGGCUCUCUAUAACUGUCAAGCUGAUAACCCAGAUGAACUGUCCUUCUCUGAAGGAGAGGUGAUAAUAGUGGAUGGAGAGGUGGAAAAAGACUGGUGGGUGGGCCACAUUGACGGGGAGCCAAACAGGAAGGGAGUCUUCCCCAUCUCGUUUGUUCACUUCAUCACUGACUGAUGUCCUACACUGACGUCUCAAUAAAGCCACAGGCUUAUUACACUUUUUGUUGGACAAAAACAGAGACCAUGCCAUGCAUUAUUUAAUAAUGAUUCAUCAUCAGACAACUUCAUAGAUGAAUGGACAUUUUAAGUUGCACAUGUUUACUAAUGGUAGCAUAUGGGACAUUCUCAAAAUGUGUAACACCAACAUAAGAUAAAUGACCUCAGGACUGCCUGGCCAUAACUGUAUCUUGAUCAAUGUUCUGUUUAAAGAAAUAGUUCACUUAAAAUAAAUCACAAUUCUAUUGUCAA